AAUGGCGUGUGACAGCUAAGAAACGGUAACAAAUUGUGUGUUCGUGUGUUUAGCCAGCCGCGUGGAUAAAAAAUCGUUUAUGAUCAAUAUUUUUGACAGAAUGACGAAUAAAACAACACUUUUGCCGUCCUACCAACGGUUCGUUAAUGGUAUACCAAUGCCUUUGUUUGCGCGUCGAUCGUUUCGUAUACGUGAAAAGUAUCUCAUACUCUUAGUGUUUUUGACAUUUGGAAUCGUGUGUUUCAGUACGUUUUUCUUUUUGCCUGAUUUUGGUAGUGGUACCGGUAUUUCGGCAUAUAACAGUGUUUAUAAAGUGUAUCAAAGUAUACAGAAAGCUGGUCCGGAGUUUUUAAUACCGGCACCACCUCAUGGUGCCACUGGACACAAUGAUCCCCAUGGUCCUGGUGGAUAUCCUCAUGCUAUAAAUGUUGGUCUGGAACGUCCAGGUGACGUUUAUCAAGAUAUUCAUGUCCUAGAAGACAAGCAGAAGCUACAGGCAAAAAUUGACGAGGAAUAUGAACAGCAAAAAACUUUAGAGAAACCGGAAGUUGAUGAAAAAUUGAAUGUGCCUGCAACCAGUAGUGUUAUCCCGUUAUCAUCGAGCCAUCGACUUGAAGAGGCCAUACGAACGGUGCCACCAGCUCCAGCGGACGUGCUUCCGAUGACUCAGGGAGGGGAGGACAAGGAUCCAACUGCUCGUGAGCGAAGGGAAGUGGUGAAAAAGAUGAUGAAAUUUGGAUGGGACAAUUAUGUGAGAUACGCCUGGGGCAAAAAUGAGCUCAGACCCAUCAGUAAGAGAGGACACAGUGCCAGCAUUUUUGGAGCUUCAAGCAUGGGUGCUAGCAUCGUUGAUGGCCUCGACACACUCUACAUUAUGGGCCUCCAUGAUGAAUACAAACAAGGACGUGACUGGAUAGCUGCAAAUCUUGACUUCGAUGUGGUAAGUUUUUUGACUAUUUAUUAUUUACUUGAUUGUUGGUGACAUUCCAGUCACUUCCUUCAAUGAUUUCCUAUUGAUUCUG